CGUCGGGGGCCUCGACUCUUCUCGGACUUUUGAGGUCUUUUGUCUUGGAGCGGAACCCUAACUCGACCCGCAGCUGCAGAGGUUUCAAGUCGUGGAAACGCCCCCCGUUUUUCGGGCAAAGCAGCCAAUGGCCGCCCCCGAUGGUGCCGCUGCCGUGACACUGCCCGCCGCCAGGCGAAAGCCUUCCUGCAAAGUCAACGCCAUCAUGGCCGAGGGGUCGAGUACCCCAGAACGUAACCCAAACAGUGGCUGAGUAUAUACGCAGGCGCAUUCGUCGGCCGCCCUGCACCUUCUCUCUAGACCUCCUUCUCCCCCCCUCCUGGUCGUCUCUCCCCACACCUUCUUUCCUUUUGAGUCUUCUGACUUCGACUUUCUUUCAUACCAGAAGACCCCAUUCCUUACCAUGAGAACGGUAUUUUUCACUGCCCUGCUGGGCCUUAUUUCUUUUGCCGACACCAAGCCCCUAGAGAAGCGGAACCAAGGCGUCACUCUUUCCGAGGAACCUGCCGGCAGAGUCGCAAGAAGCGGGCCGUUGGAGCUAGAGAAACUUUUCAAGAGAUACAAUGCGCCGGCACCCGCACACGUGCGGCGAGCGGCUAAGAGAGCCCUGGCUGAGCACGAAAAGCGCGACGGCGGCGCAAACGGCUCCGUCGUCGCCACUCCGCAGGCCGGUUACGACAUCGCGUACAUGGUGCCUGUGACGGUGGGCAACAAGAAAGUGCACUUGAAAGUGGACACGGGAUCGUCGGACUUCUGGGCGCUGUCGACGCUGAUACCAUCCGCGGACGCAGGCACGCACAACCUGUACGAGCCUUCGUCCAGCCGCGUCGCCGACUGGACCUGGGGCACGCACUACCUGGACGGCAGCUACGCCGAGGGCGUCGUGUACGAGGACAAGGUGGAACUGGGCAGCCUGACGUUCGAGAAGCAGGUCAUCGAGGCCGCAAACAUGGUGUCUGACAAGUUCACGGAUAGCCCGUACGACGGGCUGAUGGGCAUGGCUUUCGACAAGGUCAACACGGUCAAGCCCGUCAAGCAGCAGAGCUUCUUCAACAACAUCAAGACGCACCUGCCGCAAGCCCUGUUCACGGCCAACCUCAAGAAAGGCGCCGCGGGCUCGUACACCUUCGGUACUAUCAACCCCGACGAGUACACUGGCGACAUCUCGUACGUGCCCGUGGACGCGUCCAAGGGCCUCUGGGAGUUCACCACCGACGGCUACAGCGUCGGCAACAACGGCAGUGCCACCAACUCCUCUGCCUCCUGGCCCGGAAUCAUGGACACGGGCUCGUCGCUGCUGACGCUGCCCGCCGAUGUCGUGCGCACGUACUACGCGGCCGUACCGGGCGCCGUCAACAGCCCCGUUUGGGGCGCGUGGGUGUUCCCUUGCGACACAGUUUUGCCAGCGUGGAGCGCGGUCAUCGGCGGCAAGACGGCCACGGUGCCCGGCGCCUACAUCAACUACGCCCCCGUCGACGCGCAGACGUGCUUUGGCGGCAUCCAGGAGAACCAUGGCAUGGACACGUCGAUCUAUGGCGAUAUCUUUAUCAAGAGCCAGUUUGUCGUGUUUGACCAGACGCAGGCGACGCCGCGGAUUGGGCUCGCUCGUCAGAGUGGCGUCGUGUACCCGUUCUGAGUGACAGCGGCGCUUGAUGACCUUUCUCUACGCUGAUGCCGGCAUCGCCGUAUGAACGAAAUGAUAUACAACGAAUAUGAACUUCUUAUGUAGUUAGCUUAGCCACUUCACUUCUCUUUUGUCCUUAUUACGAUGGGUAUAUUAGCGGGUAUAUAAAAGCAGUGAAUUAACCUACUUUCGGGGAUUCUGAC